AUGGACACAAAUCACUCACAGUCCCAGGGUCUCCAGUCUUUUCAAUAUGCCCCCAGCUCCAUCCUGGGGGAUACCACUGUGCAGCAGGGCCCUCCAAAUGUGGCGGGUGACAGACCUGCGCACAAGACCGGCGCAGUGGUCAUCGACAUGGGCACUGGUACCUGUAAGGUAGGCUUCGCAGGGGAGGCCCAGCCCACUUACACAGUGGCCACCAUCGUGGGCUGCCAGCCCAAGAAGCCCACCACUAUGGGCGGACAACCAGAGCUGGAGACGUUCAUCGGGGAGGCGGCCCGAGGGCGCCUGGAGCUGACGCUGGUGCAACCCAUGCGUAAUGGCAUCGUGGUGGACUGGGAUGCCGCCGAACUCAUCUGGCGCCACCUGCUGGAGCACGACCUGGGCGUGGCCCCCCGGGAUCACCCGCUGCUCUUCUCCGACCCGCCCUUCAGCCCGGUCACCAACCGUGAGAAGCUAGUGGAAGUGGCGUUCGAGGCGCUGGGCUCUCCUGCCAUGUACGUAGCCUGGCAGUCGGUGCUGUCCGUUUACGCACACGGGCGCGUCAGCGGGCUGGUAGUGGACACGGGCCACGGGGUCACGUACACGGUGCCCGUCUUCCAGGGUUACAACCUGCCACACGCCACCGAACGCCUGGACCUAGCGGGCAUCCACCUGACUGCCUUCCUGGCGGAGGUGCUGCGCAGCUCGGGCUUGGCGCUGGGCCAACAAGACCUGGAGAUCGUGGAGAACCUCAAACGUUAUUACUGUUACGUGGCGCCUGACUUCCUCAAGGAGCAGGCGCGGCCGGAGCAAGAGUGUCGCCAGGUGCUGACGCUGCCCGACGGCAGGACGGUCACCCUGGGCAAGGAGCGCUUCCAGUGCCCCGAGCUACUUUUUAAUCCUCCUGAGAUCCCCGGGCUUUCGCCCGUGGGCGUCCCCACCAUGGCCAAGCAAAGCCUGCUCAAGGUGGCCUCGGAGGUGCGCGCAGAAGUGGCCCAGAACGUGCUGCUGUGUGGGGGCUCCUCUCUCUUUCCUGGGUUCGAGGGCCGUUUCCGGACCGAGCUGCUGCACUCGGUGCCCCAAAAGGUCCAUGUGGUGGUGACGGCGCAGCCCACGCGGAACUUCUCGGUGUGGAUCGGCGGCUCCAUCCUGGCAUCACUGCGCGCCUUCCAGUCCUGCUGGGUACUCCGGGAACAGUAUGAGGAACAGGGGCCCCACAUUGUGUACCGAAAGUGCUACUGA